GACUUACUCGUACUUUCUUACACAGGAAAUGAUGGCUGCAGAGAAGCAACCAUGCGAGGCAGUAGGAUUCCUGUGAAUACAGGGUCGUGGGGGUAUGCUGGAGCCUAUCCCAGCUGACUUUGGGCAACAGUGUGGCGAGUGGUGGUUCCCAGACGGGUCCUUGAAGCCAUCAUGAGGUCAGCCAGGCUGCUUACGUCACCAGCAGCAGUGGGUCAAAGCCAGGACUACUCCGGGAAUUACGACACCUCGUCCCGCGGCAGCAGCACCUCUCCGGCACAGCCUGAGUCUUUCACCAGCGGCAGCAGCACCAUCGGCAGCCCCAUAUCUACCUCAACAUACCAGAAGUACAGGGUCGACAUGCCCGGCUCCAACAGUGCCUUCAUCCCCACCAUCAAUGCAAUCACAACAAGCCAAGACCUGCAGUGGAUGGUGCAGCCGACUGUCAUCACGUCCAUGUCCAACCCAUACUCACGCUCCCACCCGUACAGCCACCACCUGACCAACGGGCAGGGACUGCUGGGACACAACCCUCUGGCCCGUCCCGGGGUCAUCCGCUCCAUCGGGGACGCCAGGGGCCGACGCAAGAGGGAUGAGCAGCUUACCCCAGAGGAAGAAGAGAAAAGGAGGGUGAGGCGUGAGAGGAACAAGUUAGCCGCCGCCAAGUGCCGCAACCGCAGACGAGAGCUGACUGAGAUGUUGCAAGGGGAGACUGAGAAACUGGAGGAGGAGAAAGCCGACUUGCAGAAAGAGAUUGAAAGCCUCCAGAAGGAGAAGGACAAGCUGGAGUUCAUGCUGGUGGCCCAUAACCCCGUGUGCAAGCUGCCAACUGAGGAUCGCCAUCAACCUCCAGCACACCAGCAGCACCAGCAGCAGUGCGCCCCCCUGCCCUUGACCAUGCGCCCCAACAUGGCCACCCGGGCCCACAUGAACCAUGUGGUGGUGAAGCAGGAACCGGAGGACAUGGAGGCACAGGUCGGCAAGCCCCAGCAUUCUGUCAUCAAGCCCAUCUGCCUGGGUGGGGGUUGCAUCAGCGGCGGGAUGUACUGUGCAGACGGGGACAGCCUCAACACGCCGGUGGUGGCGGCAUCCACACCGGCCGCAAUGCCCAACCCCACAAACCUCAUCUUCACCUACCCGAGCAUGCUGGAGCCCGAGAGCCCCUCGCCCUCCUCCGAGUCGUGCUCCAAGGCCCACCGGCGCAGCAGCAGCAGCGGCGACCAGUCGUCAGACUCCCUCAACUCGCCUACGCUCCUGGCCCUGUGAAGCGUCGCAAAGGAAAACACUGUGGCUGAAGGCGAGCACGGGGAUCAGAGCCCAAAGCACAUUUGGAGAGUCCAGACCAAGCUGACCAUGUGAGCCAUUCCCCCUUUUUGAGCAGGGAGACCCCCACAAGGGCUACGCUGCGUGUUUCUUCUUGUCCUGCUUUUCAGUGUGUGCAGCAAUCCUUAAAAACUUGUCAGCUCUUACUGUCAACUUGUUUACUCAAGACCCUUCAAACCUGGCCAUUGUGAACUCAGAUGACGAUACAAAACCAGUUCUUUAUCAUAUAUCUAUAUUUUUUUGAAGAAUGAAUUCAAAGCCAUGAGGCCACUUGCACUCUGCCAAGACGAAUCAACACAUUGCUAAAACAAGUCGCAGCAUUUGACUGGACGAGAGACACUGAGUUCACACCCCACACGUGGACCUUCAUCCAACUCUCGAACUUAUCUUUUACGGCCUGUGUGUGUUUUUUGAGACACGGCCUUCUCCCUCAUCUGCCUGUAGAAAAGCAUCAUGGAGUCAAAUCCACCUUCUAUUCCGACUACGUUAGUAUUUUUCCUCCUGUUUAAGACAAAGUGUGUGUGAUUUACAUUGAUGUCAGGGGUAUCGCUCAAGUAGAACCUCCAUCAUGAAGAACGCAAGCUGUGUGACAGUCUUACCAUGAAUACGGGUUCAUUGUGCGACAUCAACAAAUGUUUGUUUUCAUUCUGACGUUUCAAAAACGAUGUAAUAGUUCUUUCACUGGUGUCUCCUCUUCUCCCUCUUUGCUUACAUUGCCUCCAUAAAAGGUCUUACCUUUGUCAACACUGCCACUCAGGGCAGGUCAGGUUUAACAACACCAAAAAGGUUUGUAUGACACAUGGAAUCCUUUACUUUGUCGGUCUUUUGUCUUUGGGAAAAAGGAAGGAUUUUACCCUAAUAUGAGAAAAAAAAGCCACUGUGGUCCAGCCAGACUGUCACCAGCUGCCAAUGAUGUCAACCCUGUUUAUACCGUGCUUGUAAAGCUGUCAUUUUUAGCAAAAAGGAAAACAAAAGCCCAUCAAUGUACUUUGUACUGUCACCAGUGGAGGCCCGAUUGGCUUAAACCAGGAGAAUAACUAAAAUAGUGUUUCACAGUACAGAAGGAGUAAUAAUAAUAAUAAUAAGACAGCUGGCCUGGAAUGAAACAUGAGCAUCAUGACGGGAUUACAUACUUUGUCAUUUUUUAAGUAAAAGGGACAAGUCUUUCAAAGACUCUGCACUGAGAAAGUCAAAGCAACAUUCCGAAUGAGUCCAAUUAAAUGAUGCGCUGGAUGCAGGGAAAUAUUUUUGUUUUUUAUUUUUUUAAAUACACUCUGCUGCUAUGUGGGCAAACUUGUUUUUUUUCCUUCGGCAAUAUUUGGUCUCAUGCAAACGCAAGAAAAAAAAAUCUCAGCUUCUUUAUGAAAAAAAGAAACAACCAAAAAAAAAACGUCUGAUGUGUCUGUUUGUUGACAUUUACGGCAGCCCCUCGACACAUAGGAAAGCCACUGACGUAGAUCUUCUACUGUAUAUGUCAUCUACUGUCUAUUGCCUGUUUUCAACUACUAUUACCUAUUUUCCAAAUGCUUUAACUGUUAAAAUGAUUCAAAAUUAAUUAAAAACAGCAAUAUGUAUAUAGCAGUGUUUGUUAAUUUAAAUAAAUCGUAAUAAAAAAUGAUUUUCACCUUG